AUGAAAGUAGAUAAGAAGGAAAUGAGUCCAGAGCAAAUAAGAACUAUAGUUUCGGAAACAAUUGAGCAACGUUUCCCGGCUGAGGAAUGGAUACAUGUAUAUACGGAUGGCUCUUUGACCGAUAAGAUCCACUGGGCUGGAGCUGGAGGUUUUAGCAAGCUUUUCAGUUUGUACAUACCUGUAGGGGCUUACUCCAUUUACUUUGAUGGAGAACUGAAAGCCAUUCAUGUAGCUCUCCAACAAUUAUCAUUGAGACAGAGCUCGUUCAGGAGGGCUGUUGUACUGUCUGAUUCGACUUCAGCCAUACAAGCCAUCUCCUUUUACCAAGAGUGCAAGAACAUAUGCAUUCAACAACGUCAGGAAGUCCUAAAAGAACUUUCCCACAAGAUAUCUUUUCAAUGGGUACCUUCACACUGCGGUAUUUAUAGGAAGGAGAUGGCUGAUAUGCUUGCGAAAACGGGGGCUACGGUUCUCCAAAAGCCAAAAACGAGUACAAGCCCCCAUUCUAUUAAGCUUCUAAUAUCGCUAACAUAUCAAAAGACUUUUAGAGAUUUUGCCACUCGGGCUUGUGAGGGCAAGCCUUGGAGUGUUCUCUCAACAAACCCAGCUUUUGUUUCUGACCACCCGCGAACAGCUGCCGUUCCAUCUUUUAGACUGCAAUGA